AUUAGCUCUCUCGGAGGAGGCGUCCCGUAGCGAUUGACGUCGUCGUCUGGCCCCGAGGAGCCGCGCUGGCCCGGCCACAAACGAGUUCUGAGAGCUGCCGACGUGACAGUGCCGCUAGAGAGUGCGCUGCACCUUGUCCUCUAUACCGUCUCACCGAGUCAAGAUGAACCGCUGUACCCCGCCACCACCACUGCUGGUGCUGCUGGUGCUGGUGUGUGUGCUGGUGAGCGCGGCACCAGCCGCCGCCAGCCCCGCCCUGCGUCGGUCAGAGCGGGACGCGAUAACCUGUUUCUCGGUACACGAGACGUUCCGACUCGGAGAGGUGUUCUCCGAUGAGCACUGCAGGAGGGUCAAGUGCAUCGAGUUCCUGGGCGAGGGCUUCGUCAUCGAGGUGGAAAAGUGUCCUCUGCCGGACAUUCCCGAGGGAGCCGACUGCACGAUGACCGAGCCCACCGAGGAGCGUUUCCCGCUCUGCUGCCCCAAGGCGGUCUGUGGAGCCGUCUGAGGGGGCGCUGAACACACUGCAGAGACGACAGUAGCCGCGGUGUUGUGGCGUUCUGCCGCUGUGUUCUGCUUCUUUUGUUCCGUACUAUCAACAAAAAUUAUUUUCUGAUUUUGUAUCUAUAGACGGGCUGCUAAACGAGGGUCAGCCUAACUGUUAGAGAAUAGGUCCGAAAAUGUCUAUAAUUCAAAUAACACGUGUCUUGUUUAUCGUCAUGAUGGCAUGUGUCCAUAUCAAGUUGUGAAACGUGAUUUGUACUGUUUUUCGUCAAACAUCUAUCCAAGUUUGCGUUGUUUGAUUCAUGAAUGGGUUGAAAAGGAAGCACGCGACAGAUAUAUUCUGUAGCGAAGGCAGCGCCAGAAUGCACGGCGGUGCACCCUACAUACUAAGACCGAUAUGUUUUUACGCCGGCGGAUAAUACUGUACCGCAGCACUUCUACAUGCGCACAGCAGCACAGUCUACCUAUCAGCCGUAAUCUACUUCGCCGGCGAACAAUACUGUACCGCGGAACUAGGACGCACAGCGGCACAGUCUAACUAUCAGCACUUUAUGUUCUGAAGCACCGUCGGACAAUACUGCGCCGCAGCGCUGAGGUGCAUGGCGGGACAGUCUACCUAUCAGUUCUUUAGUAGCGCCGGCAGUGAUACUGCGCCGCAGCACUGUGAUGCAUUGCGGGACAGUCUAUCUGCCAGUACUGCUUUCAUAUGUAGAUAUAGUAGAUACUACUACGUAAAGAAGGCAUCGCAGAAAUAAAAACAUGGGAAAACACAGAAA